CCGUCUGCAGUAGACUUAGCAGUAAUGAUGCUGCAGCCCCUCACCUCACAUAUAAAAGGAUCUCACACACAGAGGUGAGAGAUCAGAGAUCACUGCUCACUGUCAGCAAUGGAAACGUCUUCAGUCCUCCUUGUUUGCCUCCUGGUGACAUGUUCAGUUUUGACAGUCCAUGGAAGAAGCUUUGAAGUCAACAUUGAUGAUGAGGAGCAGGUGGAUGUGGAAAUCUCAGUGGGGGCUCGCAAGAUUCCAGGUUUGUGCUGGGCAUGCAAGUGGGCUUUGAACAAAGUGAAGAAAGUCCUUGGACCAAAUGCCACCUCAGAGAACGUGAAAUCAAAGUUGAAUGCCGUCUGCAAUGAAAUUGGCCUCUUGAAGUCUGCGUGCCACAAAUUUGUGAAGACACACCUCGGAGAAUUAAUCGAGGAGCUCACGACCUCUGAUGAUGUGAGGACAAUCUGUGUGAACACCGGAGCCUGCAAGCCUAAGGAGCUGCUGAACGAGCUCUUUUAUCUCGGAGACGAAUAUCCUCAAAUUAAAAUGAAGAAAUUUCCCUGAUGCUGUAUGCAUGAAUAAAAAUAAAACUGCAUUAAUUUGUGAUUUAAAAAGAAAAACAGUGGGUGUUUUGUGGUAGAGACUGGCCACACACUCAGUGAUUUCAGCCUUCUUUUUGUCACUGCAUUUUGUCUGCACUGCACUUUGGCAAGUGCUGUUAUUUAGUUUGCAGUCCUUGUAGUGUAACUUUCCACUUCUGUAUCUGUACACAAUUGAUUUCAAUAAAUACUUGCAUUUCAAA